CGGGAGGAGUGGAGCGCUGCUGCUUCCACACAGAGAGCAUGAGGGUUCACACAGACUGAAACACAUGAGGAUCACCAGGACCAGGACCUGGAUCUGGAUCAGAUGGAUCAGAUGGAUCAGAGGACCAGCAGCAGCCCUGAGUCCACCACAGCCAGGGAGGGGAUGGUGAAGUCUGCCUCAGCGUAUGCAGACCUGCAGCAGCACCGGUCUGAGGGCGUCCACAGGAAACAGUCCCCGGUGUCCGGAUACGUCCCCCAGCCCGACUAUCUAGAGGGAGACGAUGAAGACGACCUCAUCAAACCCAAGAAACUGGUGAAUCCUGUCAAAGCUUCAAAGAGUCACCAGGAGCUUCACCGGGAGCUGAUGAGCAGCUGCAAACGAGGCAGCGGGAUGAGUGUGGAGACGAAGCCGGAGCUGCAGAGAGUUCUGGAGUCGAGGAAAAGAGAUCAGCUGAUCAAACAGAGGAAACAGGAAGAAGAAGCUCGCAAGAAGAUUUCUCCUCUGGAGGCCGAGCUGCUCAAGAGACACCAGAAACUGGACGAGUUGGACAAACAGCAGGAGAAGGAGCAGGAGGAAAACCUGAAAGCUCCGGAGUUUGUCAAAGUGAAGGAAAAUCUGAGACGGACGUCGUUUCACAGUAAAGAAGAGAAGGAGGUGUAGAGACAACUGCUGUCCUGCAGGACAAAGCAAACUAAGAAGGACACUGUCCACAUGUUCACAGGACAAUCUGAGGAUUUAAAUGUAUUGAGGACACUCUAAGGACUCAAACCUGCUGAGGACACUUUGAGGACUCAAACAUGCUGAGGACACUCUGAGGACUCAAACGUAUCGAGGACACUCUGAAGACUCAAACAUACUAAGGACACUCUGAUGAUACUCGUGACACACACAAAGGACACAUUGAGGACACGUCAAGGACACUCUUGGAAUACACUGAGGUCAUAAACACACUCUGAAGACACAACCAUACUGAGGACACUCGGAAGACACUCGGAAGACACUCUUAGGACACUUUGAGGACAAUCUGAGGACAAUCUGAGGACACAACCACACACAUGACACUCUGAAGACACUUUGACGACAAUCUGAGCACACAACCACACAAAUGACAAUCUGAAGACACUCUGAAGACACGUUUAGGACAAUCUGAGGACACAACCACACACAUGACACUCUGAAGACACUUUGACGACACUUUGACGACAAUCUGAGCACACAACCACACACAUGGCACUCUGAAGACUAUUUGACGACACUUUGAGGACACUUGAGGACAAUCUGAGGACACAACCACACAGAUGACACUCUGAAGACACUCUGAGGACACUUGAGGACAAUCUGAGGACACAACCACACAGAUGACACUCUGAAGACACUCUGAGGACACUUUGAGGACAAUCUGAGGACACAACCACACAGAUGACACUCUGAAGACACUCUGAGGACACUUUGAGGACAAUCUGAGGACACAAUCACACACAUGACACUCUGAAAACACUUUGAGGACACUUUGAGGACAACUGAGGACACAACCACACAGAGGACACUCUGAAGACACUUUGAAGACAAUCUGAGGACACAACCACACACAUGACACUCUGAAGACACUGUGACGACGCACUGAGGACACAACCACACAGAGGACACUCUCUGGACACUUUUAGGAUACACUGAGGACAAUCUGAGGACACUUUGAGGACGCACUGAGGACGUACUGAGGACACGACCAUACUGAGGACAGUUUAAGGACAUUCUGAGGACACUUUGAGGACGCACUGAGGACACUCUUGGUACAGAACAGCUGUUAUGUCUCUCAGGAGACUCAAGACCAACAAGCAACAGCGGAUCAGAGUGAACCCACCUCAGACAGUUGAGGCUUCAAUGAAUCCAGUUCAUGAUGGGAUGGAUUACCUGACUCGCCACACUUGUUGGACUGUUGCCGUGGAGACGGACAGCAACUUUUCUGCUCAGAAGGAAGGACUGAGACUUGAUAUCAGUUAAUGUUUCCUGACGUUUCACAGAAAGGUGUGGCAUUCAACAAAGAAAAAUACAAAAAAUGUCUUCUCACGAUUACAAGAAUAGAUCUUGAAAAUGAAAUAAACUUUUUUUUUUUGCAAGAAAGAUUUACAGAAGUCACAACUACGUUAUACAAAAGUUAUAAUUACAAUAUGCAGAAGUCAUAAUUACGAUAUACAGAAAUAGUAAUUACAAGAAACAGAAGUCAUAAUUAUGAGACUCUCGUAAUUAUAAGAUGCAAGAUAUUCCUGUUACUAUGAGAUGUUAGUAACGUCUUAUUCCAAGAUAAGAUUUAAUUAAUACGAGAUACAAGUAUAAUAAUGAAAUGAUAAUUAUGUACAAUUUUUAUUAUGUGAUUACAAAAUUCUGAUGAGAUUCAUUCAAUACAAGAAAUAUAAAAUACAAAAAAUAGAUAUUUUAGAGAGGGGUUUAUCUUGUGAUUACAAAGUGCUAAUUAAAUAUAAUUAGGAGGUAUAGAAGUCAAGACUGAUUUUCUUUUCAGUUACAACAAGCUAAGUUACAAUUAAUACGCGAUACAGAAGAAAGUAAGUUUCUGUAAAUGUAAUUUAAAAAAAAAAGGCUGUAAUUGUUGGUUAGAGUCUCUGACAUUAUGAAAAUUAUGGAAUCAGAUUCUCAUUACAGGGAAAUAAUUAUCUGUAAAUAUCUUCUGACUAGGUAAUUAAUCAUCACUAGAUACAUAUAGUUACAUUAUUUUCGGUCGUAAUUAUGAACAAAGAUAUCAUUAAACAUAAUUUCUACAGGAAACAUUAGUUUAAAUAAAUGCUAAAUAAUCAUAAUUAUGGGAUUUGUAUCUCGUGAUUUUUUUUCUUUUAAUACAAAAUGCUGUCAUAAUUAUAAGACAUUUAAGCAAUAAUUAUGAGAUUCUUAUUAUUACAACUUCCAUAUUCUAUAAUAAUGAAUAGAUUUAUAUUUUACAACAUAAUUAUAUGAUAAAAAGAAGCUGUAAUUACGAGAAACUACAUCAUAAUUAAGAGAUUUGUUUCUGUUAUCACCAGAUGAUGAGAACAUUUUAAGAUCUAGAUAGGUUAGUUUUUUUUGGGACGCAGAAAAAAUGACAGAAGUGAUCCACAUCCACCAAAGAAACAAAACAAACAAACACAUGAUCUUGUAUUUUCUAAUUGCAGUAACACGAGAAUAGUGCUGCUACGUUUUAGAUUUGAAAUGUGCUCGGAGAUAACGGCCCCCUGUGUGUCAAAGAAAAUGUCCGUUAGAACAAAUUGUGCCUAAAUCUCAGUCUUUAAUAUGUAAAAACUUGAGCUGCACUAUGAAGCGUGAAAGGAAACUCGGGUUUUUAUAUAAUUUGUUUCCCGUUUUUAAUCACAACCACAAUUUAGACAUACUUUACAGCGACUAUCGUGGCGAGAGAAUAUCAAGAUUUUGUCUUCUCUGAGUUGUUAACUAAAUAUAAUAUGCAGAAGUCAUAAUAAAACUUAAGAAAUAUUUUUUUCAUUUAAUUAAAACAUGUAAAAAUGUCACAUUUACGACUCAUGUUUCCUUGUAUAAUUGUUGGAUGCUAAUUACAUUUAAUUAUUUUAUAAAUUACCUCAAAAUGUUUUACUUUUAAUUGUUACAUGACCCCAAUAAUAAUUACAAUAGAACAUCUUAUAAUGAGAUGUCUUGCUGUAAAUAUGAGAUAAUUACGGUAUAAAUAAUGACUUCAGCUGCACCAUAUAUAUUUUAUUUUUAAUGUUUUAUCAAAGACAUUGUGACCCCGUUGACCUCCUCUCACCGAUCACAUUAAAGUGUAACUGAAGCCUUACAUUUGGACGGGUUUUUAUUGUUGAUAGUGAAUCGUACAAUCAUCGAAAUAUUUUUUAUUUUCAUGAUUAUAGAGCACUUUAGGCUUUUAACUGUAUAAAUGAAGAUUAAUAUCUAAAACAGACUUAUUUUUAUUUGUAUUUUUGACUUUUUGUGGCUUGCAAAGCGACGAUUGUUCUGAUUGACAUGUUCAGACUCACAGCAGAAUAACAAAUUAGAAGCUGCAGCAGAAAUGUGUUUGUUGACAUGAAGACAAUAAAAGGACAA